GCGGGGUUGCUCGAUUUGGAUGGCAAGCAGCAGGUGGUGCUCCCGGCGCUCACGUUGCUGCCAAUCCUUCCCCAACUGUCCUCCUACGCGUCCUACUUGCCGGCACAGGUUAUCGAACAAAAGUCUUUCGCACGACAGAACCCGCGGCUGAGCCGGCAGGCAGUCUUGCAGCUCUACGAAAUGACGAAGGUGCAGCCAGUGCUGGGGCACACACUCUGCGACCAAUUUUUGCGGAUUCGCAACCUCGCAGACCAGAUGUCCAUCGGGCUUGCGGCAGACGCUCUUCUAUUCCGAAACUUCGAUCUGGCCUGCCGUCACUUGCGCUUCGUGGAGCCGGAUAGUGGACGGUUGCUACCUCCGGGGGCGGCCUUGUACGAGUUGUUCACCUUUCUCAUCUUGCACGUUUUCCACACCGCCGACCCAAAUUAUGUGGCUGAUGUAGCAGAGGGGCUGCGUGGAGGUUCUGGCGCAGCGGUAGUGGGAGCCCCCGCGGUAAAUUUUUCCAGACACGACCCAGCAACCGCGGCCGGUGGUACGACUAGCCGGAGUCAGCAGUACAGCCAACGGGGCGGCAGAU